AUCUCCAUUCUUUCUUCUCCAUCGUCCAAGAGAACCCUUUCUCUCUUUCCUUGUCGAUUUCCUAUUCUGGGCAGGUUCCCUCUUUUUUCACACUUCCCUUCCCAGAUCAACAAGCGCCCGGCCGCUCUUUUACCUCUGUGUUAUUAUACGUCUUCGCUUCGACCUCAACUUCACCCCAGAAAAAAAGAGGAGCCCUUAUAUAUCUCGACAAUAUGCGUUUCUCAUCGACACUUACCGCCGCGCUCGGCGUGGUUCCUCUGAUCGCCGCCUUCCCUUCGAUUCCUCGCGAACCCACUGGAGCUCUCAUGACCAGAGACGCCGGCGCGGUAUGGUCUCGCGGUAUGGCUCCCCAGCAAGCCGCUGGUGGUGCUGCUGCUGAGGCUGGUGCCGGAGCUGAAGCGGGUGCCGGCCAAGGCAAGGGGAAGGCCAAGCAGGAGGACGCUGCUGCCGAACAGGGCGCCGAAGCGGGUGCUGGUGCUGGAGCGGGCAAGGACAAGGCCAAGGCCAAGGAGGGUGCGGCUGCCGAAGCGGGCAAGGAGAAAGAAAAGGCUAAAAACAAGGCCAAGGAGGGUGCUGCUGCCGAGGAGGGAGCCGGUCGGGGCAAGGAAAAGGGCAAGGAGGGCGCCGGCCGCGGAAACGGCGCGGGAGCCGGUGCUAAUGCUGGCGAGGAGGCUGCCGAGGGCGAGGAGAAGGAAAUUGCCGGUGUCCUUGGCACGCUGAUUGACCUCGAGGGUGGAGACCUGAAGCAGGAUGUCCUUUUCAAAGCUGCUGUUGGAUCGUUCGAGAUCGAGUUUCAGGCCAAGACUGCCCGCCAGUUUGCCGUCAUUGAGAACAAGACUCCCGGUGCUGCGCCCGCCGGCUUCAAGCUACUCGACCCCAGCUCUUUCAUCGUCGCCUUCCAGCAGGGCGGUGGCGGCGCCUUGACUCUGGGCAAGAUCGACUACAUCUUUGAUUCUGCGAACCCCGCCCUUGCUGGCAUCGAUCUCACCAAGACCACCAUCGGCAAGUUCUCCAACGCCAAGAAGGCUUUCGAGGUCGGCGACAUUGUUGGCGAGACCGAAUUUGAGGCCGAGGAGAACGAGAUUGUACUCAAGGUCCAGGACCUCACUGGCGAGUUUGCUCUGUUCGUGCCCGACGCGGCCGCCGCGGGUGGCGAGGCUGCUGCUGGCGAGGAGGGCGAGGUUGCCGUUGUCGGACAGUUUGGCACAGGCAAUGCCGUUGCUGGUGGCAAUGUCAAGCAGGACAUUCUCUUCCCUGCCAACGCCGCUGGUGAGUUUGAGCUCGAGUUCAACGGUGCCGCUGCCAACCGCUUCGUCGUCGUCCCGACCACGCCCACCGGUGCUGCCCCCGCUGGCUUCGCCUUUGUCGACCCGCUCGCCUUCAAGGUUUCCGUCGAGGCCGCCACUGCCGCCGCGGACCUGCAGAAGAUCGACUACUUCUUCAGCGACGCCAUUGCCGCCCGCAUUGACGCCGCCCAGGGCCGCAUCGGCAAGCUCGACGCCGCAACCAACACGUACCUCGUCGACGGCGUCGGCGAGUUCGAGUUCGAGGCCGAGGAGAAGGAGUGGACUCUGACUGUCAAGGACCUCAACGGCGAGUGGGCCAUGCUCGUGCCCCAGGCUGCCAUCCGCGCUUAGUUGCGCGGCUGGACGGUCUAGUCGAUGAUAUUAUUCGCGGGAGUGGCUGCAAUUCCGAGAUACCAGUUCAAAACGAUAUAUAAGACAAUUCUUAUUAAAAAAAAACGUUCA